AUGGUCGAAGCGGACCUGAAUGAUCCAGAGUCCCUUGAUCUUGCCUUCAAAGGGGCGACUGUGAUCUAUGGAGUCACCGAUUUCUGGAGACCUCUGAGCGACCCAGAACUUACAAAAAACGUCAACCCAGGACAAUGUCUGAGCAAGUGGGCUUAUGAGUACGAGUUGCAGCAAGGCAAGAACAUAUUUGAUGCAGCAGCCAAAGUUAGUGGCUUGGAACGUUUGAUCUUCUCGACAAUAGCCGAUGUUGCCGAGCAUAGCGAAGGAAAGUAUACGAGAGCAUAUCAUGCUGAUAGCAAAGCCCAUGCAGAGCAAUAUGGCAGACGAAAGUAUCCUCAACUUUGGAAUAAGACGAAUACGAUCCAGAUCGGUGUCUACCUCUCGAACUUUGCAGAGCUCUCAACCGAGAUGCCCAAAAAGCAAGCAGAUGGAAGCUUCAGUUUCAUCAACCAGUUCACUGCCGAGACUGGUCUUCCUUUCAUAGCAGCUGACGAAGAUACGGGCCCUCUCGUGAAAUCAUUGUUGGGGGAACCUGCGGGAACCAAAUUGAUGGGCUAUCGAGCCUGGAUGACAUUUGGAGACUUCGUCAAGACCUGGAGCAGGGUUCUGGAUGUCCAAGCACAAGUUGUCACAUUGCCCAUCGAAGAGAUAUUAAAGGGCACGCCGGGAGACUUGGAGCCGGACGUCAGAGAGAUGCUGGCGCAGGGAAUGGCUAACAUGACGGAGUUUGGAUACAAGUUAAGGGAGGAUCCGGAAUUGAUGCAACCUUCAGCUACGAGUCUCACGACCGUCAAAGACUUACACGACAAACUUGAAAUGCCUCCAAGUAAAUUUCACGACUCAGAACUCGCCACUGAAGAGCAAGAGAUCCUUGAGCAUUACAAAGAAUGGAUUCGCUUCAACCACACGGAUUUUGGAAACAAAGAACGAGCAAAAUCAUUUUAUGACAUACCAGAAACGAGAUUCUUCGACCUGAUGAAACAAAUCCCACGGCGAGGGUUUGGCCCGCAUUACGAUAGCAUAGAUGUAUACUACGAUGAUUCACACCUUGCCAUCAAAGAUAUGGAGAUCACGGCUGUCUCCAAGGAUUUUGGUUAUGUAACAACGAUCCAGCGGUAUUGGGGCACCGGCACUGAUGGCAAAGAGUUCUCUUUCACUUUCCGGAUGACAAGUCUGCUGAGAAAGAUUGAUGGCCAGUGGAAAUGGAUUCACGAACAUGUGUCGUUCCCCGUAGAUCUAGAGAACGGGAAAGGAGACUUGACAUGCGGGACUGGCACUGCUGGAAAGCCUGAUAUGCAAUAA